CCUCGCCGGAGCGGCGGCGACUCGCCCGGCCCCGCAGGACGCGGGGCUUGGUUGCGGGCGGAGGGAAGGGCUUUUUGUCUUUAUCGCAGCCGCGCCAGGACCGCAGCUACCUCGCCGAAGUUCUUUUCUUAUCCCUCUGCUUUCGAUAGCUAGACAAAGCUCAUUUCAACAGCAGCCUACUCCGAGUUCCCCAGAGCGGGCGUUCUGCGGGCUGCCAGCCUGUGCCUUGCGGACGCAGCGCUGGCCCCGGCGGGAGAGCAGCAGGGAGCCGCGGGACGCGUCCCUGCUGCUCCAGGGGCGGCCUCGCAGCACUCUGCGCGAAAGUUUGUGCUUGUGUAUGCAUAGAUAUGAAAAUAAAAAGUGACCUGGAAGGCUCUGUCAAAACGAGACAUUGUAAAACAAAUGAAUUUAAAUAGCAAAUAAAAAUUUACUGUGCCUGCAGGACUUUGGCUUUCAAACAACAGAAGAAAUAGGUGACCAGAAGUAUAUCAGCCACAGAGCAGCUUUUAAAACAAACAAGAAUAAACAAAUCCCCUCUUUCUCUCAUCUUUUAACAGGAUGGUACUGGGGCAACAUGACUGUUGCUGAAGCCAAAGAAAGGUUACAGGAUGCCCCCGAAGGGACCUUUUUGGUUAGGGAUAGUUCGCAUUCAGAGUAUCUACUGACUAUAUCGGUAAAAACAUCAGCGGGACCGACCAAUCUACGUAUAGAAUAUCAAGAUGGCAAGUUUAGACUGGACUCCAUCACUUGUGUCAGAUCUAGACUUAAACAGUUCAACAGCGUUGUGCAUUUGAUUGAGUACUAUGUUCUGAUGUGCAAGGAUAGAACUGAAACACCUUCAAAUGGAACAGUUCAUCUUUACUUGAACAAACCCCUCUAUACGUCUGCUCCAUCUCUGCAACACCGCUGCAGAAUAGCUAUAAACAAGAGCACAAAUCAGAUCUGGGAGCUGCCAUUACCAACAAGACUAAAAGAGUACUUGAAAGAGUAUCAAUACCAGGUAUAAAUAUAUUUUCUAAAUGCCUCUAACACAGAGUAACUUUUGAAAGCAAUUCUUUAAAUCAGCCAAAGAACUGAGUAACCAGUUGUACAACUCGGCAUGGAAUUCACUAUCAAAACAGUGGCAGUUCUGAGGGAAAGGUUUUUAUUUCAGAUGCUACAAAGGGAGACUUUAUGUAAAAUAAUCCUAGUUUGCAUCCUUGGGGGUUUGACAAGGUGGCAUACUAUUCUUGCGAGGAGAGAGAAGCCAGGAAUCUGUCCAGAUUGUGUUGCUUUGUCAAUAAAAUGCUGCACUAGCUAUCAAAUGCUUACUGAAGCAGUGGGACCGGGAGAGACUUCAUAAGUGGUCAGAGACAUAAGAGAGUUUACAAGUAUCUCAGUUGUCUGAUUCCAAGAUUAAUUUGGUGCUGGUGUUCAUAUAAUCCUAAAAGCUUAACUAGAUCACACUGUGAUAAUCUUACUAAAGUUAUGCAACUAAUCAAAUCCAGUCAGAAAAAUGAUCAUGCAUUCAGUUUUUAUUGAACUACUCUCCUGCUUUUCUGUAAGCAAAGGAAUACUGUAAAUAAUGAGUCUAAAAUACUGUUUUUCAAAGUUCUCUGAAAGCUGACCUUAAGAGGAAAUGCUACAUCUUUCACAGGAACCCAGUAUAUUGCUGAUUGUACCAGAUUGGUAUCCCAGAAUCCUUAACAUGUUAACAUCUUCACAGUGGUGAUGUAUCCAUGCUAUUAUUAUUAAGCCUCUUUAGGUUGAGGCUUUAGAACUAUAUGCUUCAGACUUGCAGUUUCAAUGUCAAGACAUGGAUUUCAGCAGUUACAUGUGUCUUCUACAGUGUAGAAUGUUUUCUUCAGGCUGUUUCCCAAAAUGUGGGGAAAUACGAUGUGGAUUUUUUUAAGGGGGUUGGUUUACCUUUUUCUUGUUUUUUAUUUUCUUUUUCUUUAUUUCUUUUUAUUUCAUUUUAUUUUAUUUUAUUUUUUAACUUCCAAUUCACCAUUGUAGCUAUCAGAUGAUUACUCAAUAAAGUAAAUCAAAGUGCGAAACUAUC